AUGUCGGCCCCAAGCUCGGCCCCAGCCUCUCCUGCGCCCGCAACGUCCACUCCUCCCCCCGAACUACCCCAACACCCCGAAAAUGCGGCCCCGGAGCUCGACGUGGCCAAGCUGCAUGCGCUCCCCUCCGAACAGCAAGACCUUUAUAUGCUCACCUUCACCUCGGACCUGGUGCAAUACAUCUCCGGUCUAGACGCAGCGCAGGUCUCGUCGCAACAGAAAGAUCUGAAAAAGGAAUUGUUCAAGAUCCUGACCCUGCCCUCCCCCACCCUCACGCGCGUCCUCCGCAAUAAUUUGGGACGAUGCUUUGGCGCCAUUCUGGGGAAAGGGGAUCGUGGGAUCCUCUUUGAGACCGUGGCCGACCUUCUCGGGCUCGUCAAUGCUAGCAAAAGUGAGGCGGAACUGAAGACCAAGUUCGCGGCCGCGCAUUGUCUCGGCGAGAUCUUUGCCGUCGCGGGCGGGAGUGCCUUCAUGCAGUCGAGCGUUGCUACCUCGAGCAUGAUCAAGCUAUUCAAGUCGGCCAGUAACAACACCGGUCUUCGCGGGGUCGUCUUUGCAGUGUUGCGCAAGAUCGUGGUGGGCGUGGGCGUUCCGCUCGACGAGCCAACCGCGCGGGAUAUUUGGAAGCAGGUGCGCAAUGCGGCGACCAGCGACAAGUCAACUUUCGUCCAGGUCCAUGCCUGUCGCUGCCUGGAGCAAUUGCUCAACGCGAACCCUUACUUCGAUAAUGCAAAUGACUUUGACAACCUGAAAACCCUGGUCUGGAAAGUCAUUGACAGCCCCGCGGCUCCGGUCCGACACGCCGCGGCUGCCUGUCUUGGUCGGGCAUUAGUGAAAUUGCAUGCAACGGAUGCGCAUAUGAAGGCGGCCCCGAAGCCCAAAUUGAAGAAGUCUAAAAAAGCGUCCAAGAAGGCUCCAUCACGCCCCGGUGAUGAGGAGGAAGCCGAGGUGUCCGAGUCCUCCUCUGCCCCGAAGAAAUCCGAGUCGCGGCUCUACUUUUUGCUGCCGGACUUGUUGCGGCAGCUUUCAUCGCAGUAUUUGCGGAGUACGACCUCCAACCGUACACGUGCGGGCAUCUGCGUCUGCUACAAAUAUGUCGUGCGGAACUUGGGUGACAAGGUUGUUGAAGAACGCUAUGGACAGAUUGCCACCAAUCUGCUUGUUGAACUGCUGAAUCACCCGACUGUGACAUACAACCGGUUCCGUCUUUUGAUGACCCGCAAGCUCGUCAAGAGCAUUCUCGAAGACACCAUUGGCCGAGAAUUGCUGCGCGAGAACAGCCAGCUUAACGCUGCCAAGUGGCUGAUUAAUGAUAUCCUCAAGGACUACCCACAAGUCAUGCAGGAACGUCGCGAGCCGAGCAAGUAUACAUUGACAAGCGCCGUCAGCGCGUUGUCGUCUUUCAUCUCAUCGCUCGGCUCAGCUUUCGGUGUGCAUGCUGACAGUUGCCGAGACGCGUUGAUUCAAAUCCUCUCUCAUCCCAGCUAUACGGUACAAGUGCAUACCGCGCACUGCCUGCGUAGUUUCGUCCUCGCAUGUCCCCACCAGUUCCUGUCGUGCGUGACUAUCAGCAUGAACAGCUUGACGAGGGAGCUCGGCCAGCUUGCGACACCUCGACAAUCGCCUCGACGCUGUGUUGGUUUCGCGAAUGGUCUGUCAGCCAUGCUGAGCACCUCUCGCCUGCAACCGCUCUAUGGCUCCGUGGAUGUCUUCGCGCGUGUAUUCUCCCAGGCAACCGAUCUCCUGAAAACGAGCAGCACAUCUGAGCUGCGAGUUGCAAGCACACAAAUCCAAGUGGCGUGGAUCCUGAUCGGCGGAUUGAUGCCCCUCGGACCAAGUUUCGUCAAAAUACAUUUGUCCCAGCUGAUGCUGCUUUGGAAGAAUGCUCUCCCAAUCCACCUCAGCAAAGAAAAUGCCGCUAAACGCGGAACGCUCGAGACGAGCUUUCUCGCGCACGUCCGAGAAUGCGCCCUGAGUUCACUGCUGGUCUUCAUGGAAUUCAACAGCAAGUUGAUCACCGCAGACGGUGCCAAGAGAAUAGCAACUAUGCUCCAGAACACCGUUGACUUCUUGGACGAUCUCCCGCGGCCCAAGUCCAUGGAAGAUAUCUCACAGCGACUGCAUCCUUCCUUACAGCUGCACGAUUUCACGACCAUGGUGCGUCGCCGAGUGCUACAGUGCUUCUCAAAGCUGGUACAUGUGCACCACCCCAGUCACGGAGACAUAAUCUCUCAGUCCACGCUUCUCAGUCUUGCUGUCUCCUCCUUCGCCGAUCCCGAUGCCCAGUACCGGCCACUGGAAAGCUCAAUUGCGGGCUCGACGGGCCAGUUCGAGGGACUAUGGGACCUUUGCGAUAAUUACGGCUUUGGCGUCACCGGGCUGGCCAGAGAGUACAUUCGUAUUACCCUGUCCGGCACAAAUGGCAAUGAUCACGGACCGGCCUGGUCUGCCGUUGACUCUGCAGAUGACGGUGUGGAUGAUCCUUUGACAUUCCCCGUCUGCCAAGCCAGCGAACACGACGCUGUCCUUCUGUACAGUCUGCGAGCUGAGGAGACCCUCUCUGUCGAUCCGCCCACGACAGGAGUCGUCAACUCAGCCAUCGAGCUGUUCUCCGUCGCACUCGCGCUCCACUCCCCCAAGAUCCAGGAGAGCAGCGUCGAACAAAUCGCCACCUUUCUCAGCUCCCCCGCCCUGCAGCGAAACCCUGGUAGGAAGGCAGCGUUGGCUGUCAAUAUUUCUGUGGCUCUUUUGCUUGCCCUCAAGGUUGCGGUCAAGGAGACGGAUUUUGCGGCAGGCAAGUUGAGUACUUCUACGGAUAAGAUUUUGCAGGAGCUUUUACAGAAAUUUGUCACUGAUGUCGAUCCUAUUGUCCGCACGAUUGGCGUUGAGGCAUUGGGACGGCUCUGCGAUAGCGCUGGAAAUGCCUGCACCAAUAUCCAGGUCAAGUGGCUUGUGGACACUAUUGUAGACAAUCGAGAACCAAACGCCCGUGCGGGCUGCGCCUCCGCUUUGGGGUGUAUCCAUUCUCAAGUCGGCGGUAUGGCAGCUGGUCUGCACCUCAAGACCAUUGUCGGCGUCUUGAUGUCACUCUGCAAUGAUCCUCAUCCAGUCGUUCACUUUUGGGCACUUGGCGGGCUGGAAAGAGUUGCCAAUUCUGCCGGCUUGACUUUCUCACCGUUUGUUUCCAGCUCUCUGGGAAUGCUUGCACAACUUUACAACGCCGAUACCCACAACGAAGAAGCGGCUGCGUUGGCCACUUCCAACGUCGAAAUGUCCUUCCUGACGCCCGUGGUGAUCAGUCGUUGUGUGGACUCCUUGAUCAAUGUUCUUGGACCGGAUCUGCAAGAUAUCGCAAAGACGCGGAACCUUAUCCUUACCCUUCUCCGCCAGUUUCAAUUGGAGGACAACCCUGCUUUGGUCACCGAGAGCUCCAAGUGCUUGGACCACUUUUCUCUGUACGCCUCCAGCUUCGUGGACUUCUCCGGGUAUGUCCACCGGCUCCAAAGCGAGCUGUGCGCCAGCGAUCCCCUGAUGCGGGCCGUGGCAGUCCGCGGGCUGAAUAACCUCAUGAAACGAGAUGCGGCGGCUGUUAUACGGACAGCAACUGAAACUCUCGAGGAUGAUAUCUGGCUCGCGUUCGAUGAUGCCCCGGAUAACCUGUCUCUCAAGACAAUGAUUCAAGACUGGCUACAGCAGACUACCCUCACCGAAACUGAGCUGUGGAUCCAACGGUGCCAACACGUCAUGACCAAAACACGCAACAAGGCAGAGGCCACCGCAACCACGGCUGCUCCGGCUGCCGAUAUCCCAGAUGAUGAGGUUGCGGGAUUCGCCGUUGCAGAAGGGCAGGGUGAUUCGACCGGUGAUGGUGCCUCGGGCCAGGAAUUGCUCAAGUGGCAGACCCGCAACUUUGCCAUGAGCUGUCUCUCUGGGCUAUUGGCAACCGUGCAAGAGGCCAUCCUCCCAGACCAAACUAUUCCGGCUGAGCUCGCGCUGCAGUCGAAAGUUGGAGACAUCAUCCGCAUGGCAUUCUCGGCGUCUACUGCCAGUGUCAUCGAGUUGCGAGUGUGGGGGUUGAAGAUUAUCGACCAGGUUCUUACAAUGUUUGGCAAGACCCCCGAUCCGGAUUUCUCGGAGGCAUCCCUCCUCGAGCAGUACCAAGCUCAGAUCGGAUCGGCGCUUACUCCUGCCUUUGCGGCAGACUCGUCAGCGGAGCUCGCUUCCGAGGCGAUCAAUGUUUCGGCCACGUUCAUUGCAACGGGGAUAGUCACAAACGUUGAUCGCAUGGGGAGGAUUCUCAAACUCCUCGUUCUUGGCCUGGAGAAUUUUGCCAAAAAUCCCGAGACUACCGAGAUCGGUGAUCUCAAAGGUCUGAACUCGAAUGCCCGGGUGAUGGUCAAACUGGCCCUAUUCUCCGCGUGGGCUCGGCUCCAAAUUGCAAGCAUCGAACAAGAGUACUUGAACCGGGUGGUUCAACCUUAUCUUGCCAAACUCACCCCCUUGUGGCUUUCUUCUUUGCAGGAAUAUGCCAGACUGCGCUUUGAGCCGGAUAUCUCUGGUAGUCUGGGCACCAGUCCGCAGAGUGGCAACCUGGAUGAGGUUUACGCUGCGCUGAACCGGGAAACUCUGUUGAAUUUUUACCAGGAUUCGUGGCUAUACCUCGUUGAUGCAAUCGCCGGCUUGGUUGAGAAAGAUAUUGAUUUUGUCUUUGAUGCCUUGGAUGGUAAGCUGCCGCUGGCUGAAGAGCCUAGUGAAAUGGAAGAGGAGAUGGAGAUGGAAAAGAAGGAGAUGAAGGAAGAGGAAAUGGAGAAGGAGGAGACUGAGAAUGAAGAGAUGGAGAAAGAAGAGACCGAGAAGGAGACCGAGAAAGAAGAGACAGAGAAGGAGGAGACCGAGAAAGAGGGGACGGAGGAAGAGGAAAUGGAGAAGGAGGAGAGGGAGGAGAAUGAAGAGGCAGAUGAGAAAGAAAAGAAAGAGGAGGAAAAGACGGAGCUCCCCAACGGCAACCCAGAAGGAAAGGGGCACAAUAUCAAUUACCGCGAGGAGCCAGUCGCCUUCUUUUUCGUUUUGUUCGGCCUGGCGUUUGAGUCUCUGGUCGAUCAAGCAACUCUACCCCCACAACGAAUGGCUAUUCUCCUGGCUCUCAAGAGAAUCCUCCGACCUGUCAUCUCUGGCAAUGCCAUCUACCAAGACGCCAUCUUCUCGGAAACCAUGGACACUUUCGACCGACUUGUCCUGACCGAAGGCACUCCCAUCCAGACUGUCAUUGUCGAUAUCGCGCAGAAUCUCUCGCUGGAUCACCCCGCGGCCAAGGGCGAUCAGGAACGAGGCGACCAUCUUUCCGAUGACAUUGAACAACUCUUCGAGCUCACCAGAAGCAUCAUCCUUGUCCUUGCAGGGAUGCUUCCCAAUCUUCGCGAGUCAAACCCUCUCGCGCGAUUUCAUGUCACGUCAGAUGACUCCUUGACCCUCAUUCGCCUGGCGCUCGGUUCCCUCGUCGAGGUGGCAUCGGUCUUCCCGUCCAUCAUCCGCAACGACCUGCAUGCUUGCAUCUUGCAUAUAUUCACUACCAUUCUCGCCACGGGUAUAUGUCAGUCUGCAGUCGUGCCUCAAGCUCUCCCGAUCUUCCGGCAAUUCGUCCACGGCAUCACCCAAGCACCGGACCAGCCCGAAGACCUUGACGUGGUGUCCUUCCAGAUCCGUGGGUGCCUCACCCGCUUCUUGACCAUCCUCACCAUCGCCCAGCGCCGGGAGUCCGAAACAUCUCUCCCCUGUGCCAAGAACACACUCCUGGCCAUCACCUUCCUCCUCACGGCGGGCGGACAUGUCAUCCCACCCAACGACCCAGUCAUCGUCCGCGUUCUGGACGAGCUCCUCGACUGUCUCCAGGAUAUCGGCCUAGCCACCGUGGCCGCCAGCUGUAUCCGUUCCAUUUUGCUCAAACCCCACCCACGCUCCACGACCGAUGAAGUGAUCGCCCGAUACCUCACCCCUCGCCUUAUCGCCUUCCUCGUCGGCUGCCCGCUCGACACCGGCGAAAUCCCCAACGACCCUGAGAAUUCCCGCACCGUCGUUGCGCGAACGCUCGUAUCUUGCGUGACCAACGCCACUUUCUCCAGCACUGAGCUGCCCGCGGCUGUCUCGCUAGUGGUAUCUUCCUUGCUGGCACGCGCCACCCGCGAGGGGCCCUCUGUGCACAAGGAGUCUGCGGGCCAUCUCCUCGAGCUUGCCAAGGCUGAUCAGCUGGUAUUCCGGACGCUGGUGGCCGGUAUGAACCCCGAUCAAAAGUCACUUUUGGAGGAAAUCCUGCGCAGUGUCGGGGGGGCUCAUAAGAAUCGGAAUUGUUGGAGAGAGACCUCCUCUUCGCCUCCUAAUCCCUGGUCCUCGCCGUCGACAUGCCAGCGGACCGAGGCCGCGCUUCCCGAGCGAAAACCAUGUCUUCGAUGCGAACGAUUGCGCCAGCACUGCUCCCUUGUGGAGAUCGAGUCCCCCGCAGAGGAGGGUGGUGCUGUCUCCGCACCUGCGACUGAUGCGCGACUGGAACGCCUGGAACAAACUGUGGCUAUUCUCCUCGACCGGCUAGGAGAGAACCCUGACAGGGUCCCUGACCGGCAAUUGCACAAGUCUGCUGCGGCUUUCACGACCCCGGAGUCGGGCGAUGUGGCGUACACAGAUACGACGGAGUCGGCCGACGCCCCGGUGAUCAUGAUCCGCGACCUGGCUACGGAGACGGCAGUGCUCCCAACCACCAAUACAAAAUCGGUUGAUGCGGUAUUGGAUGAUCUGAUCUCGCCGGAUCUUGCAUUGACUCUUAUUUCGAUCUUUCUGGAGUAUUAUGGCCCGUGGAUUCUCUACGAGCCGCAAGAUGACCCGAAUGUCAUCCUCAAGCGAGUGAGCAAGUCGUCUCUCCUCCUCUGCGCUUGCUGCUUGAUCGCUGUGCGACAUACCUCCGAGGACCUGGCCGCCAGCCUGGCGCCUAGACUCUAUGAAUGCGCACGGUCUCUGGUGUCGAGCAAUAUUCUCGUGUCGCCACAACCCAUCGAAUUCUUCCAGGGCACCCUUAUCCUGUGCAUGUGGUCCACAACCGUGGGACAAGUGCCGUUGAGCAUUGAUAGCUGGCUGCUCAGCGGAUUUGCGUUGCAGCACUGCCAAUCUAGUCCCCUGUUCACCGUGGCCACUACCCAGUCCAAACCUCCUGCUAGGCUGGAUGACGCCGCAACGGACCGUUGUUAUUUGUGGAACCAUCUUUGUCUUGCUCAUCUACACUAUUGCGUCGGGACGAGCCGCAGAUCGACGCUGCAGGCCUGGCAGAUUGAGAGGUGCCAAACUAUCCUCGAUCUGGAUCAUGCUCUUAAUUUCGAAGUGCGCAUGGUUGCUGAGAUUCAUCUCUACUGGACUGUGUAUGAAAAUCUGAUUGAGGAAUCUGUUGAUCUUCUCAAGUCCGUUGCGGCGCUGCAGGCCUGGAAACGAAAGUGGGAAUUCGUGCUAGAACAACCACGAUCGCAAUUCCUCAUGAUGGGAUUCCAUUUCUCCAAUCUGCUUCUAUACGAACACGCAUUGAAAUCCAAAUCAGCUCGAGCGCGCGACUCAGUCGUUUCAGAAAUGAUUCGGCAUUCCACUACCAUCAUCCAGCUUGCCAUGGACACAGUCGAUGAUCAGACUCGCCAUCUCAGUGAUCACAUCUACCACAUGAUUACCUUUGCAGCUAUUGUGAUUUGCCGCUUACUCAAUGUCUAUGAAGGCCAACUGACAUUUACACACAACAUCGCGGAGCUGGACUCUCUGAUUCACAGUCUUGUGGAGUGGCUUCCCUGCAUCGGGCUACCCUGUCAUGCUGCGCAUACCCUUGGCAAUAUCAUCGCCAAGGUGCAUCAAAAACUGCGUCCUCGGGUCGAGAAAACACCACUCACUGCGCUUGCGGAUGAGUUUCCAGAUGAGAAUUUCAACAAUUAUUAUUUCCCUGAAUUUCUGGGACUGGGGACGACGGUGGACGGCGGAUGGGAUCUGCUGUCGAACUUGACAUUUUUCCCACAGAGUCCCCCAAACAUGACGCCUGGUUGA